AUGUCAGGCAAAACCUCUGGCUCCGACGCCAAACCGCGGGAACAUCACGACGGAAGCGCCGGCCGAGCCUUUACCGUAGAGCAAAAAGCCGCCGUCAUACGUAUCAAACAAUGCGCGCCGACCGCUUACUACAAGAUUCUUGGGCUUGAGGAAGUAAAAGCCACCUGUUCAGACUCGGACAUUAAGAAGGCAUACCGUAAGCUUUCAUUACUUACACACCCGGACAAGAAUGGAUACGACGGUGCAGACGAGGCGUUCAAGUUGGUCAGCAAGGCAUUCCAGGUGCUGAGUGACCCGGAUAAGAAGAAGAAGUACGACCAGUUUGGAUUGGAUCCCGAUGCAAGAUUCGAUCCGCGGGCUGCGGCGGGAGCGAGUGGUGGCGGAGGUCCGAGUCCGUUUGGAAAUGGAUUUGCAAGAAGAGGACCGGCCGGCUUUCAGGAGGAGAUGACACCAGAGGAACUGUUUAGACAAUUCUUUGGGGGCGCUUUCGGAGGGCCAUUCGGCGGCAUGGACACUGGCCCAGGCUUCGUCUUCAACCUCGGCGGCGGCCCAGGAAUCCGCGUCCACCAAUUUGGCGGCGGCCACCCACGCAGGCGCCCCGGCACUGCCGCGCCCCCCGGCUCCGAAGGCCAACAAAACCUCUCCUCGGCCUUUGCGAAUCUCCUGCCCCUCCUCUUCCUCUUCGUCCUUCCCCUCCUCUCGUCCUUCUUCUCCACUUCCUCCACAGCCGCAGGCCCCAAUCUCGUCUUCGAAACCCCCCGCACACCCAACACACUCAAGCGCGUCUCCUCGCGUAUAAAAAUUGACUAUUAUGUCAACCCCAAGGACGUCCACGACUACACUCCUAAAAAAUGGCGCAAACUCGAUGAGGUGGCCGAGCAGCAGUACGUCCAUAUCACAAACACGAGGUGUCAGUCCGAGAAGUACAAGCAGAGGCAACUUAUGGAGGAUGCCCAGGGCUGGUUCUCGGUCGAUACGGAGGCAAUGAAUAAGGCGAGAAAUAUGGAGUUGAAGAAUUGUAAUAAGCUGAAGAAGCUGGGCAUAGAUGUUUAUGGGGCGUGA